CUAUUUCACAACUGAAACAGUACAAAGUGGGCAGCUAUAAGCAGUUCUUGCUUCUUCCAAUCCCCGCACUUCAACUCUCUCUGUUUUGUCUUUGUUUGUUUGAUUUCAUACACAAUUUACUUUAGCUUUUAAUUCUUUCAUGCUUUUUUACUGCGCAUGAUAUGCUCUUCAGGCAGAGAGAUUUGCAACUCCAGUCAUGGAUACAGUGAAUUCAAUUAAGGAUCAAAAAGAAAAACCAAAAUCUCUAGUUGAGGCUGCUAAUUUAGAGAAACAGUUGUGGUCAUUGAUAAAUACAAGAGGUUUAUUGCAUUCUGAUAUUAAAGCUUUAUACCAAAAAGUUUGUUGUUGCUAUGAGAAAAAUUUCCUUAAUGAUCAUGAAGUUUCGGAACUUCAGGAUAUUGAAUAUUGUUUGUGGAAGCUUCACUAUAGGCACAUUGAUGAAUUUCGUAAAAGAAUGAAGGGAAGUUCUGGUAAUGAAGAGCCUAUGAAGUCCGUGGCACAGCAUGUAGAAGGGUUUAAGUCAUUUUUGUUAGAAGCAGCUAGGUUUUAUCAAAACUUGAUCGCAAAGAUCAAACGAUAUUAUGGUCUUACCGAAGAAUUUUCCUUCAUUAGAGGAAAUUCUGUCUCUAUUGAACCGAGGAAAAUGCAGAAACUGCAGUUUUUAUGCCAUCGCUUUCUAAUUUGUCUUGGAGAUCUUGCUAGAUAUAGAGAGCAAUGUGAAAAUUUAGACAUACUGAAACAGAACUGGUCCGUUGCUGUCACGCAUUACCUAGAAGCAUCCAAUAUUUGGCCGCAUAGCGGUAACCCUCAAAAUCAGUUGGCAGUGUUGGCUACAUACGUUGGCGAUGAGUUUCUAGCUUUAUACCACUGCAUAAGAAGUUUGGCUGUUAAGGAGCCGUUCCCUGAUGCAUGGAACAACCUUAUUUUGUUGUUCGAAAGAAACAGGUCAUUUCCAUUACAGUCACUUUCUAAUGAUGCAUCAAAUUGCAAGAUGUUACAAGGGAAACAUGAAGAGUUGGAGGAAACUCAUCUAUGGCCUCUUUUCAUCAGAAUGAUAAGCUUCUUCUUCAUAAAAUCCAAUUUGGAGGAUUUUCCUUGUACUUUUGCUUCUACUAUAAAAGAGCUGGACAUAUUGAUGGCAUUAGAUGAUUCCAAAUUAAAAUCUGCUGUGGAGGCUUAUCAGCGUAUGGAUUCAUUUAGAACUGGCCCUUUUCGAACACUUCAAAUUGUAUCUAUUUUCAUCUUUGUCAUCGAGAAUCUGAUAGACUGUCCAGAAGCAAGAGAUUCGAAAAACAAGAAUCAUUUCCAGCAGCUUGAGGUGAUACAGGAGGCUCUGACUGCUGCUUUUACUUUCGUGGGACGCCUCGCUAACAGAUGCGUUCAGGCUAAUGUCUUGGACUCUUGUCCUCUUUUGCCGGCUUUACUUGUUUUCUCGGAGUGGCUGGUGAGCAUUCUUGAUCAAGUAGAACUUCGCGGAUCUGAUGAAAAAAGUACAAGCGCUAUGCUUUCCUUUUUCGGCGCAUUUCUUGAAAUUCUUAGGCAGAUUGAUAAUAAUAAGAGUAAAAUGAAGGCUCCAGGAAAGACUGCUCUUUGGGAAGAUUAUGAAUUGAGGGGCUUUGCACCUUUAGCUUCGUCUCAUGUUUCGUUAGAUUUUUCAACUCACUGGGCAAAUGCAGACAGUUACGAAAAUGGAACUGAGUGCCGUGCCCACCGCCUUACUACUGCUGCAAUGAAGAUUGCAGAUAGAUCAAAUAGUAGUCGGAAAUGGAUUUGUUAUGAUAAGUCUGGAAGAAAUUUUUAUAUACCGGAGUCAACUAAAUUUCAACAGAAGACAGAAACUGAAAUCGCAAAAUCCCCCAGUACAGUUGUUGAGAUGAAAGAGUCUAAUCAGCAGCAUAUUCAGAAAAUGACGGAAGAAUCUGAGAAGCUGGAGGAGAAACCGAGUAGCCCUGCUGUGGUUAGCAAAUCUGUUACCACGGAGGAUGAAGAAGUCAUUCUCUUCAAGCCUUUGACAAGAUACAAUUCUGCACCACUUUACAAGCCUAUCAUGGCUAAUGAUGAAGCGACUCCUGAAGAUACAGGUCACGAGACAGUACCUGCUGAUGAAUGCUUGCGACGUGCUACUUCAGUGUUAAUGGCACAAAACGAGGCUCGGGCUGAUCCUUCACCAUUCCAUUCCGAUCUCGCUAAUUUCAGGGGCAACAAGCCGGCUCAACGUCAGGAUUCAGUAGCACAUACAUUUUCAGAAGCCUGCACUUCCAGUUCUUCCGGACCGCCCUCGCUCAAUGUGUGGGUCCUCAAUAGAGGAAGUUUGAGCAAUGACAAAGUGAAAGGGAAGCGAGAUCCGAAUAAGCAUAGCAUGCCACCUAUUGAGGAAGUAGCAUCUCCGUCACUGGAUUAUCUCUCGAUCAGUGACAAUGAUUUUAAUGUCAUCAGUUCCACACAUGAACCUAUAACUGUUGACAACUCUUCUCCGGCUUAUGCAGCUCCAACGCCUUCCGCCCCUUUUCUGCCUGAUGAUGCUGUUUGGUUCAAUGGCAUUCAAUCUAACUUAACCAACUUAUAUGAUGCAUCAAACGUGAGUGGCCAUUCAAAUUGGACAGGUGCUCAUCGACCACUCGAUUAUGGUCUCGGUAUUCCAGGUUUUGCUGAAGGAUGUCCGCCGCGGCGACCAAUGACCUCCUCUGAAUGGCUUCGGCAAUACAGGGAAAAUCACAAUCUUGUUGAGUGGACCCCAAGUCAUGUAUGGCCUGCAAAUACUUAUGCUGCUAUGAACACUGGAUCUGGUCUUUUCGAACAAUUUGGAGUUCCAUUCGCCGCUAACCCGCUGAUUUACGAGAAGAGUCCACCGCUCAAUUCAGGUUUUCCUCCUGGUUAUGGCAUUGUUGAUCACAGGAGGGAGAAGCUCUAUCAUGGUCAUCAAAGACCAAGCCCUUACGGGUGCGGCGCAGUGAAUGCACCCGAGCCACUUCUGCAGUAUCUUAAAGAAAAAGAGUGGCUGCUCCAGCAAGAUCCAGCCUUGAGAGGUCCCAAAUUUAUGGGAAGUUGAAAAUCUUUUAGAUAAAACAAUGCAAUGAGGUUUUUCAUAUUGGUUUAUUAAUGCGUACGUGUACAUAUGUAUGAGUUUGAAAGAAAAGCUUAAACGAAAGUUUACAGAAAUUUCUGCCGUGUAUUUGAUCAUAUAUACAUCAAUUACAACGUUUAAAUUUCAAA